AUGGGGGUACAUUUCGGAGUUUCUGUAUUCUUUGUUUUUUGUUUGGUAGGUCUAUCAGCUAAUGCCAAGGUAUUCAACAUCGGUUCUCCUCCAGGGUCUGAUAUCACAAAGGCAUUGUUGAAAGCAUUCACUGAGGCAUGCCAGGCCCCGACCAAGAGCACCGUUAUGAUUCCAAAAGGGGAGUACAAGCUUGGAGAGAUCGAGAUGACAGGUCCAUGCAAACGUCCGAUAAGGAUUGCUCUUCAAGGCACCGUGAAAGCUGACGGUAACUUGAUUAAUGGCAAGGAGAAAUGGGUGGCUUUCCGCAACAUUGAUGGGUUUAAGUUGAACGGAGGUGGUGUCUUUGAUGGUGAAGGCAACAAUGCAUGGAGGUCUAACAAUUGUCACAAGACUUUUAACUGCAAGAAACUCCCCAUCAGCAUACGAUUCGAUUUCGUGACUAACGCUAAAAUUAGAGGCAUAACCUCGUUGGAUGCAAAGCACUUCCACAUUAACGUCAUCGGCGCCAAGAACAUGACAUUCGAAGACGUUAAGAUUGUGGCCCCUGCAGAGAGUCCCAACACAGAUGGGAUCCACGUGGGAAGAAGUGACGGAAUCAAGAUUCUCAACUCGUUCAUCUCCACAGGAGACGAUUGCGUCUCUGUCGGGGACGGGAUGAAAAACCUUCAUGUGGAAAGAGUUACAUGCGGCCCAGGACAUGGAAUCAGUAUUGGAAGCCUCGGAAGGUACAGCCAUGAGCAAGACGUUAGUGGUAUCAGGAUCGUGAACUGCACCCUCCAAGAGACCGACAAUGGGCUAAGGAUCAAGACAUGGCCGUCUGCAGCUUGCUCCACAACCGCCUCCGAUAUCCAUUUCGAGAACAUCAUCCUCAAGAACGUCAGCAACCCCAUCCUCAUCGACCAGGAAUACUGCCCCUGGAACCAAUGCAACAAGCAGAAAGCAUCAACGAUCAAGCUUGUCAACAUAAGUUUCAAGAAGAUCAGAGGAACAUCAGGUAACAAAGACGCGGUGAAGCUUCUAUGCGCAAAGGGACUGCCGUGUACGAACGUGGAGCUUGGUGACAUUAACAUUAAGUAUAACGGAGCCGACGGUCCAGCAACGUUCCAAUGCGCCAACGUAUCACCAAAGCUGAUGGGAACUCAGGUUCCAAAAGCGUGUAGCAGCCCCGUGACGAAGCCACCAAAGUAG